UCAGAACUACCAGUGAACACAAGCCCUCAGACGAAAGCAGAAGUCCUAGAUGCCAUGGGACUGCCUAAUUUCGGGAAGCAGCAGAACGAAAUGGAAUUCAGCCAGAAGCACUGAAGACACAUGCAGAGAAAACAGGAGAUGGACUUCGCAAGAACUGGCACGGAAUCAUGCUACCAUCCACCCCAAGCAAAAUAUUAAGCCGCAUCAUCCUGGAGAGACUAAAAGGAUGCUCCACAUUCAAAAAUUACGACCGAAACAGGCUGGCUGGUUUCAGGAAGAACAAAUCAUGCGCAAAUCAAAUCACAAUGCUACGCUACACAUCAUUAUAGAACAGAGCAUAGAGUUGCAGUCAGUCAACUCUCUACCUCAACUUUAUCGACUUUGAAAAGGCCUUCGAUAGUGUUGACGGAGAAGUGAACUGGAAACUGCUUCAGCACUACGGUUUUACUGUCACUAACCUUUAUCAACCUCAUUCAACAGGUAUCUGACGACGCCACAUGCCAAGUGAUCCACAAUGGGAAGCUAAGUGAUGCCUUUGAAGACAGG